GAGGCUGUCCUGGGCGGCUGCGCGUGUUGCCAUAGCGACCAUUUUACGUUACUGGUUUGUAGGUUUCGUCCCGGUACCAGGGCGACUGCGGGGACCACUCUUUCUUCUCCCAUUCUUUCUCGGCCCCCUACGGCCCAAGGGCCUUACGCAGGCUCUGGGGGGUCUGGCCUAGGGUUCCGCGGCGCCCCGCGGAGCGGGAUGGCUGCGGAAGAAGAGGAUGAGGUGGAAUGGGUGGUGGAGAGCAUCGCUGGGUUCCUGCGAGGCCCGGACUGGUCCAUCCCCAUCUUGGACUUUGUGGAGCAGAAAUGUGAAGUUUUUGAUGAUGAAGAAGAAAGCAAAUUGACAUAUACAGAGAUUCAUCAGGAAUACAAAGAACUAGUUGAAAAGCUGUUAGAAAGUUACCUCAAAGAAAUUGGAAUUAAUGAAGAUCAAUUUCAAGAAGCAUGCACUUCUCCUCUUGCAAAGACCCGUACAUCACAGGCCAUUUUGCAACCUGUGUUGGCAGCAGAAGAUUUUACUAUCUUUAAAGCAAUGAUGGUCCAGAAAAACAUCGAAAUGCAGCUGCAAGCCAUUCGAAUAAUUCAAGAGAGAAAUGGUGUAUUACCUGACUGCUUAACAGAUGGUUCGGAUAUGGUCAGUGACCUUGAACAGGAAGAGAUGAAAAUCCUGAGGGAAGUUCUUAGAAAAUCGAAAGAGGAAUAUGACCAGGAAGAAGAAAGGAAGAGAAAAAAGCAGUUCUCAGAGGCUAAAACAGAAGAGCCUCCCAUGCAUGCUAAUGAAACUGCAAAAAUGAAGAAUUCCCAAGGGGAUGGUGAACAUGUUGCACACCCACCCUCAGAAGUUAAAGUGCAUUUUGCUAAUCAGUCAGUACAACCUUUGGCAAGAAAGCUGGAAAUGCUGCCCGAAACUUCCUCCUUCCCACAAAAAGGCCUGAAGAUCCCUGGCUUAGAACAUGCAAGCAUUGAAGGACCAAUAGCAAAUUUAUCAACACUUGGAACAGAAGAGCUCCGACAGCGAGAGCGCUACCUCAAGCAGAAGAGAGAUAAGUUGAUGUCCAUGAGAAAGGAUAUGAGGACUAAGCAGAUACAAAAUUCCGAGCAGAAAGGAAAACCUGCUGGGGAGGUAGAGGAAAUGACAGAGAAACCAGAAAUGACAGCAGAGGAGAAGCAAACAUUACUAAAGAGGAGAUUGCUUGCAGAGAAACUUAAAGAAGAAGUUAUUAAUAAAUAAUUUUAAAAACAACUUAGCAAAACAUAAGUUCAAAUUUUCUUAAAAAUAAAUUAUUUAAUCCUUAAACUGAGCCUAUUAGUUUCAAAUACUUGUGUUUGUAAAUGCAAAUGUAAGCUCGUUCUUAAUACUUAAACUUUUGAGGUAAAGGGUGGUGGGGAAGGCAGCUACUUGGGCUGAGAGGGUAUAGAGAACUGAUAGUGCAUUUAUUCAUUCCAGCUUGGUUUUUGUUUGUGCUAAGCACCGUGCAGGUGUGGGGGAUACAGUCAUCAACUAGAUCACCAGAGACCCUGCCUUCACGGGGCUAGAAGGUGGCCUGCAGAGCCAAGUGUACAAAGGGAAAAGUGCAGUACUCUAAGCAGGGCUGGCCAAGCCUCCUUGAGAAAGCCAUGCUUUAGCUGAUUGGAAGGCUAGUUACAGGGAGAAAUGGGAAGGAACUACUCAGGUCCUGUUGCAGGAAAGGAGGAAGCAGCUAGGAGGAGCAGGCAGUAUGACGAAUAUACACAGAAUGAGGGCAGAAGGCUGGCCUAUGAAGUUGGAGAUAGGUGGGGGACUGAUUUGCAGGGCCUUGUAGGGAAUGUAAGGUUUUAAAUUUUUUUUAUGGCAGGAGGAAGUCACGGAAAAGUUUUAAAGCAGAAAAGUUACAUCAUAAUGUUCACUUUAAAAAAAUGUGUAGGUGCUGUAUGGAGAGUGGGUGAGUUAGAAUCGUUGUAGGUAUACCAAGCAUAAGGAAAUCCAAUCAGAAGAUCAGUUAUCCUGGGCAGGAGCAAACAGCACUUGGAAAUUGGAUGUGAAGGAUGUUAAACAUAUUCGCUCUUUAUAGGAAAGCUACCAUUAAAAAAAGAUAAUGGGAACCAUUGAAUACUGAGGGAAAUGCAGCCAUGGGUAUAGAUCUUUUUUAUGUGAAGGGGUCCUAGAUGGUUUUCUGUGGUUGGCUGCUUACAGAGAACCGGAAUAGGGGGAGAGACCCUUCUUUCAGAAAACUUCCUAUAUUGUCUUCCAGCAAGCACCCUCUUUUCUAGUUAUGGGUUGUUCCUGAGGUUUAAUUAAUUGUGUCUUAUCUCCUUAAAUUUACAGUUACAAACUUUUAGAAAGGGAUACCAAAAUUUGUUUAGACCCAGUCUUCAACCUGCAGAGAAAAACCAGCAUUAUUUUACAUUUGUCACAUUUCAUCACUUUAGAUGGACAAGAAGAAAAACUAGUGAUUAAAACACAGAAAUCUGUUUCAUGUAACUUUUUAUUAAAAAUAGUUUUUAUAGUGGAUACAUGUUUACAGAUAUAAUUUUAAGAAAACCUCAGGCAUGCAAAUGUGGGCUCUGGCUUGGUUCACUGAGUGAAGAUAGAUAUAUAAAAAUCCUGAUCUGCCCGAGGGUAGUCAUUAAGACGGCAGCUAACAUGUGGAAAUUGAAUAGUUAUUCUUUCAAGGGAUAUUGUAAGCCCUGUUUUCAUAUCAUUGUGGGUGAGCAUAUGUACCAUGAAAACUAUUACCCUCUAAGUCAACAAAAGAUUCACAUUUCUGUGAUAAGGUUCCUAAGAUGAUGAUGAUCUAAAGGUUUGACUCGUAAUUCUUCAGAAAGGAAAAUUAAAGAAACUCUUCAUAAGAUAUAAAGAUAAUACUUCUUACUGGAACUUAAAAAUUACCUAACCAGGAAGAGUCAAGAGUAAAUAGGGAAAUGCUUUAGGCCUGAGCUUCUUAGAUGACAAGAGGAAAUUUAUUAAGAGCUAAAAGUAAAAGGGGCUUCACAGAUUUUGCUUGAAAAAAACCGUAUUCAGAUGGUAACUGUACUGAUCUCAGUUUAAAUUAUCCUGAAUCACUUGCCUUAUAAAGUGGAAGGUCUUUUUCAUUAUGUGUACUUUUAAUCAAAGAGUUGAGACUAGC